AUGGCUGCAAAAGACGGCGACACCGCUGUGGGUGUGGGCGGAGAGGCCGAUGUGGAGGUCGACUUCAAGGAGAUUAGCGAGGAGGAGGCCCUGAACCUGCUCAAGGCCAGCAAGAAGGGGCUGACGAGCGAGGAGGUGGCCAAGCGGCUGGAGGAGUAUGGCUACAACAAGCUGCCUGAGGAGAGCCGCAACGCCUUCCUCGUCUACCUGUCGUACAUGUGGAACCCGCUGUCCUGGGCCAUGGAGGCCGCAGCCAUCAUCGCCAUCGCCCUCCUCGACUACGCCGACUUUGCGCUGAUCGUGGCGCUGCUCUUCGUCAACGCCACCAUCUCGUAUGUGGAGGAGGCCAACGCAGACAAGGCCAUCAAGGCGCUGACCUCGGCCCUGGCCCCCAAAGCCAAAGCUUUGCGAGACGGGCAGGUGCAGACGAUCGACGCAUCCAACCUGGUGCCCGGCGACAUCUGCAUCAUCCGCCUGGGCGACAUCGUGCCUGCCGACAUCAAGAUCCUGGGAGAGGAGGGCAGCUCCGGCAAGCCCGAGGACGAGACGCCCCUGCAGUGCGACCAAGCCGCGCUGACUGGCGAGUCGCUCCCUGUCAAGAAGUUCACCGGGGACGUCGCCUUUGCGGGCUCCACCAUCAAGCAGGGCGAGCGCCACUGCGUGGUGUACUUCCCCACCAUCCUCAUCGUGCUGCUGGCUGUGUUCAACGACGGCGCGAUGAUUGCGCUUUCCAAGGACACAGUCACCCCCUCCCGCCUGCCCAACCGCUGGAACCUCAACUCCAUCUUCCUGUCGGGCAUCGGCUACGGCCUCUACCUCACCCUCUCCUCCUGGGCCCUUUAUUACGUGGCCACCCACACCGACUUCUUCGACGGCGACAUCGGCAUGUUCAGCCUGCAGGAGACGCAGGACGUGCUGGAUGCCUGGUGUACCGACUUUGUGCCCACCCAGGGAUACUCCCUGGAUACCCCCGCCUGCCAGAUCUACCCAGACGAAAUCACCGACUGCUCCAUCACCGCCCUGGAGCAGUGCACGGCGGAGCAGAAGUAUGUGCGGGGCGCCAUGACCCGCGCCCUGCUCUACCUCCAGGUCUCCAUCUCCGGCCAGGCCGUGGUGUUUGUGGUGCGCACCAUUUCCCACUCCUUCCUCUCCAGGGCCGGCACCCUCACCUACGUCGCCUUUGUGGUGGCCCAGACCGCCUCCACCCUGAUUGCCAUCUUCGGCUUCAACGGCUACGAGGAGCCUCGCGACGGCGUGGAGGACUGCAAGGUGGCCCCUGUGUACGGCACCGAAGGCGCCUUCACCGCCUCUGUGCUGGGCUGCACCUACUACGCUGUUGUUGCCUGGAUCUGGUCCCUCAUCUGGCACAUGGGCCUGGACCCGCUCAAGUGGAUCAUGUACUACAUCAUGGACGAGGAGGGCUUCCGCGCCGGCGGCAUGUUCAACAACAUCUUCCGCUCCCGCGGCGAGCACAUGGGCGCCGCCGCCAACAUCGGCGUCAACAAGAUGUCCAUGUCUCGCGUCUCCGCCACCCGCGCCUCCAUGUCUCGCGUGUCGCACGGCGGUUACCAGACCGGCGGCGUGCCCGGCGUGGGCAGCCGCAUGGUGCCCAACGCAGCCAUGCUGCAGCGCGCCUCCCUGGUCAAGGUGCACUGA